CCUCAGGCUAUUAUCCCAGUCAGUCUCGCUUGACAGUUUCAGACAAAAAAACCCUAGAUUAUACUCCGAAAUGCAAGAGAAGAAGGGAGGAGACAUGGCCACCACCAAAUCUCCCAAAAAAACAAACCUCUUAGAUCACAGCUCCAUCAAACACAUCCUCGACGAAUCUGUCACUGAGAUCGUGAAGAGCCGUGGAUUCAUCGAAGACGUGAGGUUGAGUAACGUUAGGUUGUUUGUGGGAACGAUCAUCAUAGCUAUUGCCCUCGUCGCUCAGUUUUACCGCAAGAAGUUUCCGGAGAACCGCAAUUUUCUCAUCGGCUGUAUCAUCUUGUAUAUUGUAUUCAAUGGAAUAUUGCAGCUGAUCAUUCACACAAAGGAAAAGAAUGCGAUUAUGUUUACGCAUCCUCCCGCUGGAUCCUUCACCACCACAGGGCUGGUUGUCUCUUCCAAGUUGCCUAGGUUCUCAGAUAUGUACACCCUUACCAUAGCAAGUGCAGAUCCCAAAUCAGUUUCUGCAAAGCCACCUGUGGAGUUUACCAAGAGUGUCACUCAGUGGUCUCUCUCUCUCUCUCUCUCUCUCUCUCUCUCUCUCUCUCUCUCUCUCUCUCUCUCUCAAUGGCUCUUCUUGUCUGAGUUCCCUAGUGCAUUGAUAUCUUUCCUGCAGUGUUCUGACAUACACAUUUUUGCAGGUUCACAAAGGAGGGAGUUUUGGUGGAGGGCCUCUUCUGGAAAGAUGUAGAAGGACUUAUCAAGGAUUAUGAUAAAGAAGCUAAAAAGAGCAAGUGAAUUUGUGCUUCAUAGCUCCUUUGAUAAGAUCCUAGUCUCAGGAAAAGAGCUCCAGUAUUGAUUUUAGGAUCAUAGAUUGUGUUCACUGAACUUGUUAUGGUUUCUUGCUGUGUUUUAUUUUGAACUUAAUCUAUGGAAUCAUCAAAUUCACAAUUAAAUAGAAAAUUUACCCCCUGGUUAUGGUUUCAUGAAAA